AACAACUAACACUUGCGAUGAGAAAAUACUUCUUUAAUCUUCUUCCUGCUGAAAAAUUAAGCUAUCAAAAUGGUGCAAAUAGUACAAGUUGUUGCCUUUGAUACUGUUAUCGUGUUCUUAUUGUUGAUUCUUCCUUCUAUUAUUUUCGUGGCUGGUAGUUCUUCAUUUACUUCAACUGAACAGGUUGAGGCUUUGCUGAAUUGGAAAUCAACACUUGUAACCCAGACUGCUUCAUCUUUUCUCCCAUCUUGGAAGAGGGAUUUUGGUGCAGUAAGUCCGUGCAAUUGGUCUGGAAUCACUUGCAGCAACAAGGGGAGCGUCAUCGUGGGAUUGAAUCUAACAGGUUUGGGUUUGCAAGGUACGCUCCUUGGUUUCAACUUCUCAUGUUUCGCCAAUUUAGUUAGUCUUGUCUUGAGCAACAACAAACUUUUCGGAUUCAUUCCGCCGCAAAUUAGCAAUCUUAUUAGUCUUAUUCACCUUGAUCUUUCUCAAAAUGAACUUAGUGGAUUCAUCCCUGAAGAAAUAGGAAGUCUCAGUUCUCUUACUACCUUAGCUUUGUAUACCAACAAACUUAAUGGUUCAAUUCCUAGUUCUGUGUGGAAUUUGAGAAAUCUAAUUAAGUUAGUUCUUUUUGGCAACCGAUUAACCGGGGAAUUACCCACAGAACUGAGCAAUUUAACACAGAUGCUAGUAUUGACUCUGGCUAAUAACUCUCUUUCCGGGACAGUACCUGCUAGUAUAGGGCAAUGUAGCAGUCUUACAUUUCUGCACCUUGGCAGGAAUAAUUUCACAGGAAAUGUUCCGAAGGAGAUUGCAGCAGCUGGAAAAUUGAGAUUUCUUCAAUUGAAUAACAACAAUUUCGAUGGCACUCUUUCUGAUUUCAUAAGUAAACUUCAAUAUCUGGAAGUUGUUAACUUAGCGAAUAACAAGUUUGGAGGCAGUAUACCCCUUGAGCUGGGUUCGCUUCGUGGCCUUCAAAUUCUUUCUUUAAGGUUAAACAACUUCUAUGGGUCUAUUCCUGAAGAGAUAAUGCAGUUGCCUCAACUCCGUAUAUUGGAUUUGUCGCUUAACAAUCUAACUGGUGUAAUUCCUAGCACAAUAGGGAACCUGGAGAAGCUAAUAAGUAGACUUAAUCACACAGUUGUCACUGACGACUAUUAUAAUUUUAGGUCCGUGCAGUUGAGGAUGAAUAUAAAAGGGAUCACGGUCCAACUUGCAAUGUUAUAUAGCUAUACCUCCGCAAUCGACUUAUCAUGCAACAGUCUAGAAGGAAGCAUUCCAGAAGAGAUAGUUUCAUUAAAAGGACUUUAUAUGCUUAAUUUGUCCUACAAUUAUUUCUCAGGUAAUAUCCCUGCGAAUAUCGGAGAUAUGUCUGGAUUAGAGUCUUUGGAUUUGUGUUACAAUAGAUUUUCCGGAAAUAUCCCACAGUCUUUGACAUCAAUGGACUCUCUUGGUUUUCUGAACUUAUCUUACAACAAAUUGAGUGGCAGGAUUCCAGAAGGAACUCAUUUUGAGACUUUGAGUUGGGAUGGUUCAAUUUUCACUGGGAAUGGGUUAUUGUGCGGAGUACCUACGGAAAAAGUCUGCAAGGGAGAUCAGAAUAUUAGCCUCAUAAACGAAGUUGAAGAAUAUGAUCUUGAGGAUGCAAAUGACAGAUUACUGUUUUACGUUGCACUUGCUACUGGCAUUGGAGUUGGAUUCGGGGGUUUAUUUAUUUUGCUUCUUAAAAAAGAUAAAUGGUGGAGUGGAUAUUGGAAAUUUGUUGAUUCAAUUGCAGUUAGAAUAAUAAUCUUGUUAUGCUGCGAUGGAGCUUCAAGAGGCAAUACUGGUGCAGCUGGUAUGGCAGGGGUAAUUACAUUGUGGCAAUGGCAGUCUUCUUCUUUCUUCUUCCUGGUGAGAAACGAAGCUAUCAAAAUGGUGCAAGUAAAUCAAGUUGUUGCGGUGUUUGUCUUCUUUUUUGUUGGUUUUUUCUUCGAAUAUAUAUUCGUAUCUGGUGGUUCUUUAUUUACUUCAACUCAUACACAACAAGAUGAACAAGUAGAAGCUCUUCUGAAUUGGAAAUCAACACUUGUUAGCCAAACUUCAUCUCUUCUCCCAUCCUGGAAGAGAGAGAAUUCUACUACUACUAGUGUAUUAAAUCCAUGCAAAUGGUCUGGAAUCACUUGCAACGACGAGGAAAGCGUUGUGGAAUUGAAUAUGACAGGUUUGGGUUUGCAAGGUACGCUCGAUGGAUUCAACUUCUCAUGUUUCACCAAUUUUGUUAGUUUAGACUUGAGCAGCAACAAAUUCUCCGGGUUCAUUCCACAGCAAAUUGGUAAUAUUUCAAAACUUACUCACCUUGAUUUUUCUCAAAAUGAAUUUAGUGGGUUCAUCCCUGAAGAAAUCGGUAGGCUAAGCUCUCUUACAACCUUAGCUUUGUAUACCAACAAACUUAAUGGUUCAAUUCCUACUUCUUUGUACGAUUUGAGAAAUUUAACUAAGUUGCUUCUUUUCGGGAACCGAUUAACCGGGUCAUUACAAACAGAACUGAGCAAUUUAACACAACUGAGAGUAUUGGCGUUGGCUAAUAACUCUCUUUCAGGGAAUAUACCUCCUAGUAUAGGGAAAUGCAGCAGUCUUAUAUUCCUACACCUUGGCAGAAAUAAUUUCUCAGGAAAUGUUCCAAGUGAGCUUGGAACGCUAGGGGAAUUGAGAUACCUUCAAUUAAAUAACAACAACCUCAAUGGUUCUCUUUCUAGCUUCAUAGGUAAACUUCAAUAUUUGCGAGUCAUCAACUUAGCAAAUAACAAGUUUGGAGGUAGUAUACCAGUGGAGCUGGUUUUGAUCCGUGGCAUUCAAAUCCUUUCUUUAAGGUCAAACAACUUCAUUGGGUCUAUACCUGAAGAGAUCACUCAGCUGCAUCAACUUCGUAUAUUGGAUUUGUCGUGCAACAAUCUCACCGGUAUUAUCCCUAGCAACAUUGGGAACCUGGAGAAGCUUACAACUAGACUUAAUGACACAGUUGUGACUGACGACUACUACAACUUUAGAUCUGUGCAGUUGAAGAUGGAUAUCAAAGGGAUCACGGUCCAACUUGCAAUGUUAUACAGCUAUACCUCUGCAAUCGACCUAUCAUGCAACAAUCUAGAGGGAAGCAUUCCAAAAGAGAUAGUUUUAUUAAAAGGACUUUUUAUGCUUAAUUUGUCCUACAAUCAUUUCUCGGGCAGUAUCCCUGCAAAUAUCGGAGACAUGUCAGGAUUAGAGUCUUUGGAUUUAUGUUACAAUGAAUUAUCUGGGAAUAUCCCACAGUCUUUGACAUCAAUGGACUCGCUUGGUUUUCUGAACUUAUCUUACAACAAGUUGAGUGGCAGGAUUCCAGAAGGAACUCAUUUUGAGACUUUAAGUUGGGAUGGUUCAAUUUUCACCGGGAAUGAUUUACUGUGCGGAGUACCUACGGAAAAAAUCUGCGAGGGAGAUCAGAAUAUUAGCUCUACAAAUGAAGUUGAAGAUUACGAUCAAGAGAAUGCAAAUGAGUUAUGCAUUGCUGUUGCGACAGGCAUUGGAGUUGGAAUUUGGGGUUUAUUCUUUCUUUUGCUUAUUAAAAAAGAGAAAUGGUGGAGUGGAUAUUGGAAAUUCGUUGAUUCUAUUGCAGUUAGAACAAUACGUUGUUUUCAUAAAACUUGAUUGUGUUACAGUGCUCUUGUCUUUUGGCUAUGGUUUUCAUACUGGAGAUUUGUGUAUAUAUGCGGUUUCAGUUACAAUACAGUGUUCAUCUAUAUUUGCAUUUCCAGGGUUGUUUCCUUCUAAUAACAUGUAAUCCGAUUCAAAGU